AGAUUUUGUAGGUAAAGCCAACAUUUUCAGAUUCUUUAGAUUUGAAAACUGCUUCCUCCUUCUCCAGUAACAUUCUCACUCCUCACUCAAAAAAAAACCUCUCUCUAAUUAUAACGGCCAACAGAACCAAAAAAAAAAAAACAGUCUUUAUAAUUCUGCCAUGAAUGCUUCCUUGCUUCCUUAACACCCAUUAACCCACACCACAACUCACUCACUUUUUUUUAUUCAUUACAUUGCACUCACAUAACUCAUCUCCCAAGCAAAACAACUCCAAGAAUCGAAUAUUCAUAUAAAUUUGCAUGAAUUUUCGUUUUUGAAGCCAUACCCAGAUUCCAAAUAUCUCAUCUUUAGUUGAAAUGUCCAAGAACCAAUCUCAGCCAGACUAUGAACCAAUACAAUUCUACGAAAUUUUCAAGAAAAUCAAACGUUUGAGGCUGUUUGAGCCUUCUGUUGGGGUUUUGGGGUUCUUUUUGGUGACAAUUUGUGCGAUUUGCUGCUUCUUUUACUUUGAUUUCAGGGAUGUUAUUACUAAUAAAGGGUACAGUGUCCCUGGUAAAUCUGAGCGGUUUAUGUGGUUACAGUUUAGCAAUGAUUCUAGUGCAAUUCAAAGAGUUGAAUAUUUGAAAGAAGAGGGUAACGGGUGUGAUGUUUUUGAUGGGGAUUGGGUUUGGGAUGAGAGUUAUCCUCUGUAUCAGUCUAAAGAUUGUGGCCUUUUAGAUGAAGGGUUUAGGUGUAGUGAGAAUGGCAGGCCUGAUUCGUUCUAUACCAAAUGGAGAUGGCAACCCAAGUUUUGUAACUUGCCAAGGUUUGAUGCUGAUGUAAUGUUGGAGAAACUACGCAACAAACGGAUAGUGUUUGCUGGCGAUUCAAUUGGAAGAAAUCAAUGGGAGUCUCUCUUGUGUUUGUUGUCUUCUGCAGUUCCCAACAAGGAUUCAAUCUAUGAAGUGAAUGGAAGUCCGAUAACAAAGCAUAAAGGAUUUUUGAUUUUCAAGUUUAAGGAUUACAAUUUCACUGUGGAGUACUAUCGGUCUCCAUUCCUUGUAAUUCAAGGCCGCCCUCCGCCUGGUGCUCCAAAAAAUGUUAGACUUACGCUGAAGUUGGAUCAAAUAGAUUGGAUCUCUUCAAAGUGGAGAGAUGCUGACUUGUUGAUUCUCAACAUGGGGCAUUGGUAUAAUUAUGAGAAAACUAUCAGAGGAGGUACUUACUUUCAAGAAGGGUCAGAGGUGAAAAUGGAAAUGAACAUAGAACAAGCGUACCAGAAAUCUGUUGAGACUGUUUUGCAGUGGAUUAAUGAUAAAGUGAAUACAAGGAAGACCCAAGUUUUCUUUCGAACAUAUGCCCCUGUGCAUUUCAGAGGAGGAGAUUGGAGGACAGGGGGAAGCUGUCACUUAGAGACUUUACCCGAAAUCGGGUCAUCGCUGGUUUCAUCUGAAACAUGGACCCAAUACAAAAUAGCAACUGAUGUUUUAUCAGGUUACUCAAAUCAGAAAAUGAGAAUUGAUAUAUUGAAUAUAACCAGCAUGACUGCACAAAGAAAAGAUGCACAUGCAUCUAUAUAUUAUCUGCAAUCCCAUCUUGCAGAGAUUCGUCGGCAAGACUGCAGCCAUUGGUGCCUGCCUGGUGUCCCUGACACUUGGAACGAGCUCCUCUACGCGCUGUUCCUUAAGCGCGAAGCUUCUAAGACAUUUAACUUAUCGUCGUAUACGGCACAGUUUUGAUGCUGAAGAUAGGAGUUAGAUGCAUAGAAGAAAAUAACAUGUAUAGUUAGUUAUUCAUUUGUUAUGCGGAAGCAGGUUUUUUAUUUUUAGUGCUGAUAGGGAGAUCAAGGGAAUGCAAUUUUAGUUAAAUAUUAGUGUUUGUGCAGAAUAUUUUGGGAAUAAUUUAUAGAGCAAGUUACUUGUGAUCCAUAUAUUGAUCACAAUUGGGUUAUUUUGGUUGGUGUAAAAUGUAAUUAGCAAAUCUUUUUGCUUAUCAAAAUAAGAUAAAUUUCAGCUUUA